AUGCUGGCCAAAAACACCGUUUACUUCUCCCUUGCCGCCAUGGCUCCUAUUCUCCAGUCUGCCACGGCCGCUGUAUUUGGUUGUCAGAUCCCAGGCGCCCAUAUCUGCUCUGUUAUCACGGUAGCUGGAGCAUUUGGAAACCCCAUCACUGGCGACGUUGAUGGUUCUGGUGCGGGCGUCACGAUCACCAAUGGAGACUGUGAAAGCAUCGUCGUCAGCGGCAAGGUCGAACCGCAAAGCCCAGGCUUUUAUGGCGACUUCCAUACGACAUAUGGGACGGAGCUCUUGUACUGGGCUGACUCGAUUGGCCAUGCGAAUGUACGCAAUAUCAACUUCCACUACCUUGCCACUGACCAGUGGUACUACCAGAGUGGCUGCAGCAAGCGCACUCUUGGCUUUGACCCCGCAUACACCGUCGUGCAGUGCAACUUCCCUUGCUGA